AUGGAUGAGGACUUCUCCUCCCAGAUGAAGAAGAUGGCUUUGGCCAUGGGCGCAUCCCUGUCAGACAAGGAUAUAGAGCUGCUGCCCACGGACAUGAGACACCACGGGUCUUUCAACUAUCUCAAGUUCUUUGAGUACAUGCGGAAGUUCCAGGCCUCUGGGCAGCUGGACAGCGCCAUCCACAAGGCCUUCCAGACCCUGGACAAGGACAGGAGCGGCUUCAUAGAGUGGAAUGAGAUCAAGUACAUCCUAUCCACCAUCCCCAGCAGCGUGCCGGCUGCCCCGCUGACCGACGAGGAGGCUGAGGCCAUGAUCCAAGCUGCUGACAUGGAUGGGGACGGGAGAAUUGACUAUGAAGAAUUUUCUGAACUGAUCAAAAAGGAGAAAAUUCCAAAGAAGAAAUAG